AUGUGCAGAGUGUUCCCAACCACACUGAAGGGACCUGCGAGGGUUUGGUUCGGUAGACUGACACCGAAUUCCAUCAAUACUUUCAAGGAGUUGAGCGCCCAGUUCACCUCCCACUUCAUUGGCGGACAUCGGUACAAGAGGUCCACCGCGUGCUUGAUGAGCAUCAAGCAACGAGAAGACGAGACGUUGCGAGCCUACAUAACCUGCUUCAACAAAGAAGCCCUUUCGAUCGACGAAGCGGAUGAUAAGAUACUGGUAGCCGCAUUUACAAGCGGGUUGAGGAAGGGGAAGUUCUUGUUUUCCUUGUACAAGAACGACCCGAAGACCAUGGCGGAUGUACUCUAUAGGGCUACCAAGUAUAUGAAUACAGAAGACGCACUGUUGGCCCGCGAAGAGAAACCUAAGAAGAGGGAGAGGCAGGAGGAUAUGCGACAAGAUAGGGGGCGAAAGGUCGCUAGAACCGGGGAUCAGCGUGAUGACAGGCGCUUCAGACCCCCCAUAGGAAGAUUCACCAAUUUCACCCCAUUAACCGCCCCAAUCGACCAAGUACUGAUGCAAAUCAAAGAUAAAGGAGCAUUGACAUUCCCAGGGAAGUUGAAAGGAGAUCCCAACAAACGACCGAGGGACAAGUAUUGUCGCUUUCACCGGGACCACGGGCAUGACACUGCCAACUGCUACGACCUGAAGCAGCAGAUUGAGGCACUGAUCAGACAGGGAAAGUUACAAAGGUUCGUUAGCAGGGAAAAGACCGACAAACCGGAAGAGCAGACCCCAUGA